GAGCAAAGGAGGCACGAGGAAGUGCUGCUGCUCAACAGCUGAAACCCAGGCGCCGCCGCCGCCGCCGCCGAGGAAACCGCCCCAGCAGCGAGCGAGCGAGCGAGCGAGGGCGAAAUGAGGAAGCCAGCGGCGCCCUGAAGGGACUGGACUCCUUGGGGCCUGGGCUGGGGCCCGGCUGCAGGGUCGCCCAGAGGCAGGCAAGGGGCUCCCUGGCUUCCCCCAGUGCCCCUCAAGGUAUAAAAUAAAUUCUACAGAGAAUUAAGAAUUCUUUGACAAAUGAAAACAAUGGCAACUGUUAAUUCUAUUAGCCACCUCCCCUACUUCUUUGGCAACAUCACACGUGAGGAAGCUGAAGAUUAUUUGAUACAAGGUGGACUGAGCAAUGGACUGUACCUACUGCGACAGAGUCGAAACUAUCUAGGCGGCUUUGCUUUAUCCCUGGUUCAUGAUAAGAAAGUUUUUCAUUAUACCAUUGAAAGGGAAAUUAGUGGCUCUUAUGCUAUUACAGGAGGAAAAUCCCACAGGAGUCCUGUAGAACUCAUUAACUACCAUUCAGAUGAAAUAGAUGGUCUUGUUUGCCUACUCAGAAAACCAUGUAAUCGCCCACCAGGAGUGGAACCAAAAAUUAGUCAAUUUGAAGACUUAAAAGAGAAUCUAAUCAGGGAAUUUGUCAGAAAAACUUGGAGUUUACAAGGGCAUGCUCUUGAGCAAGCAAUCAUUAGUCAGAAACCACAGCUAGAGAAACUGAUUGCAACAACAGCCCAUUUGAAGAUGCCCUGGUUCCAUGGGAUGAUAUCUCGUGAGGAUUCAGAGCACCGUGUUCUUCUAGGGACAAAGACCAAUGGGAAAUUUUUAAUCAGGGAAAGAGACAACAAUGGAUCCUUUGCUCUCUGCCUCCUCAAUGAAGGAAAGGUUGCACAUUAUCGCAUUGAUAAAGACAAGAAGGGAAAGCUCUCAAUCCCAGAUGGAAAGAAGUUUGAUACUCUCUGCCAGCUAGUGGAACAUUAUUCCUACAAAGCAGAUGGACUUAAGAAUAACACUGAUCCAGUUCCAAAUCCAGAUUCCCACUUAAAUGGACAAUUUGAUUUAGGACAAACACCAGCACUUCCUAAACGUCACAGUAAUAAGUUACCUGUUCCUGGCCGAAGCAAUGAUUCUACCCUAUUUGCAUCAUUUAACAAUUACGUGUCACGUGCAAAGCGAGAUACAGAUGAUCAAAGAGCAGCUUUGCCUAUGGACACAGAGGUCUAUGAAAGUCCAUAUGCAGAUCCAGAAGAGGUGAAAGCUAAAAAUGUCACUCUUGAUAGAAGCCUGCUGACUCUGGAUGAGCAGGAACUUGGUUCUGGUAAUUUUGGCACUGUAAAAAAAGGCACCUAUGAAAUGAAAAAGGGAAAGAAGACAGUAGCCGUUAAAAUUCUCAAGAAUGAAAAUAAUGAUCCUGCCAUAAAAGAUGAACUGCUGAGAGAAGCAAAUGUAAUGCAACAAUUGGAUAACCCAUAUAUUGUCCGAAUGAUUGGUAUUUGUGAAGCUGAAUCCUGGAUGCUGGUAAUGGAGUUGGCUGAACUUGGCCCCUUGCAUAAGUAUUUGGCAAAACACAAAGAUGUCACAGAUAAGAAUAUUAUAGAACUCGUUCAUCAAGUUUCUAUGGGAAUGAAAUAUCUGGAAGAAAACAACUUUGUGCAUAGAGAUCUAGCUGCAAGAAAUGUACUGCUGGUUACACAACAUUAUGCCAAAAUUAGUGAUUUUGGACUUUCUAAAGCUCUUGGCUCUGAUGAUUAUUACAAGGCAGAACAUUAUGGGAAAUGGCCAGUUAAGUGGUAUGCUCCAGAAUGCAUGAACUUCUUCAAAUUCUCAAGCAAGAGUGAUGUUUGGAGUUUUGGUGUGUUAAUGUGGGAGGCUUUUUCCUAUGGGCAGAAGCCAUACAAGGGUAUGAAAGGAGGAGAAGUUGCUCAGAUGAUUGAAAGAGGAGAACGAAUGGAAUGUCCCCCAGCUUGCCCCCCUGAGGUCUAUGAAUUAAUGAAACUGUGUUGGACAUACAACGUUGAUGAUCGGCCACCAUUUUCCACAGUGGAAUUAAGACUGCGCAACUUCUACUAUGACAUUGCACAAUAAGCAUAUUGCAGACUUCUAUGAUCUAUGUAAAGGAAGACACCAUGGAAGGCAGAUGGAAGAAACUUGCAAUAAUACAACAUGUCUCCAUCAGAACCACUGUGAAAAGAGCUUUGCUGUAGAACUGCCUUGCUGCUUUUUGGAUUAUUUCCACAUUUUAAAUAACUUUGGAAAAAUGGGGUUCCAGAGAUAUUUGGAUUUUUAUGUUUCAGCCUGUUGAUUCCAUUGCUUCUAUACUGCUAUGGAUUUUGCUGAUGAUAUGAAACCUCAUAGUUUGUUUCCUCUCUUUCUGUAUUGUAAUUCUGGAGUCAGGAGAUCUUCAGUGUUUCACUUGCUGCUGCUAUUAAUAAACAUUAAUACUGCCACUAUCAUAGCUUUUCCAAGGAGCUCACAGACCAGGGAUUGAUUUUGAGUGGCAACUUUAGAUUGUUGUUAUUAAUAAUAAUAAUAAUAAUAAUUUUUAUUUCUGUCUUCCCGCCUCUCCCAAUGGAUCGAAGCGGGAUCACAACAAGUUUAAAAUUACAAUUACAGUAUAGCAGCAUUAGUUACUGCACCAUUAAAACCACAAAAGAAUAAAAGCAUAAGAACAAAAACAUAAAAACCUGAAAACAUUUACAACAAUCAAUCAUGGGGGCAGCUGGUCUCGUUCCAUGCUAGUGGUCUUCAUAGAAGAUCAGGAGGAUAAGCGUGGUGAAAGAGCUCUGUCUUUACUGCCUUCUUGAAGGUUUCUAAGGAUGUAGCAAGGCGGGUCUCCUCUGGGAGUCCAUUCCAAAGUCUAGGGGCAGCUUAACUGUCAUUAAGGCCAUUUUGACGUCUUGUGACCCUAUAAAUGAGAGACCUCCAAUUCAUUAUUUUGUCAUUAGUCCUGCUUAUGUCUUCUAGACUCAGGGCUAUUGCUUCUUUGAUUGUGUAUCCAUCUGUAAUGUAUACGUCCUCUUUUCCUACUGCCUUCUGCCUUCCCAAGAAUCAUUGUCUUUUGUAGGGAGUCCUGUCUUCUCAUGAUAUGUCCAAAAUAUGGCAAUCUCAGUUUAUUCAUCUUGACAUCUAGGGAUAGUUCAGGCUUCAUUUGCUCUAGGACCCAUUGAUUUUUUCUUAAUU